AUGGAAUAUAAAAUAUUAAAUAAGAUAAGGAUUGAUAAUCCUUUAGUUAUUCUCAAAGAAACCAAUGCUACACCUUCUUUUAUCUUUUAUGCAUAUGGCAAUAUCUUGGUAAAAUAUGACAUUAUUCAAAAUAAAAGAUACAUUCAACAAUAUGGAAGAUAUGAAAUUACUCAUUUAAUUGAAUCUUGCAAACAUUCAUCAUCUUCAUUCUACAUUAUCAAUAAAAAUAAUGAAAUCUAUAAAUACAAUAUUAAUAAUAAUCAACAAAAAGAAAGAGUAGAAGUUGCUUAUCAUUUAAAUCAAUUGACUAAUUGUAGAAUCAUAAACAUAGAAUCACUAAUUGAAGAUAGAUUGUUAAUUCAUUAUCAAAAUGAAGAUAAUAUUUCGAAAUGCUAUUGUAUUUAUGAUUUAAAUACAAAUAAUAUCAUAUAUUCUAAAUCGAAUAUAAACAAAAUCAUUGUUAUCAAAUCUAAACAUGAAUACAACCUCAUUGAGUUCAACAACAACCAUGUCUAUUUAGUUAAAUUCAACAAAGAAGAAAGAGAAUAUAGAACAAACAAAAAAAUUGAAAUUUUAGAUGGUAUUUAUGAUGUCAAUUCAUCUUGUAACUCUGAAAGUGGAAUUGUUUUUAUCAUCCACCAAGAUCAAUCAAAAAUGACAUUAUGGAAUAUCAAUGAUAAUAGUUCAAGUAUUGUUUCAAUUGAUCAGUCAUUUAAAUCAAUUAAAUCAUAUAAUAAAUCUUUCUCAUUAUUUAAUAUUGAAAAAGGCUGGAAUCAUCUAGCUGAUAGAGAUUGUAAUAAUGAAAAUAUUCAAUCUAUUCUAUUAUCAAAUGAAUAUUUAGUAUUAACAGGAACCAAUCAACCAAAUGAACUACAAAUCAUAUCAUUAGAUGAUAAAGACAUUGACAAUAGAAUAAUAUUUGAUAAUCUAAUGGAGUCAGAGAUAUUAUCAAUGAAUCAAAUUGGUGAAUCUUUGUUAUUACUUGUUGAAUGUCAAGGAUCACUUUUAAUUCUCAGACCGAACAAUAGAAUCAACAUUAAUAUCGACAAUGAUUUUCUUUCUCAAAUCAAAUUAUCAACCAAACAAUAUGAUCAAAUCAAAACAAGAAAGAUAAUAACAAAUAUCUUUAAGAACAAUACCAACGUUGAUAGUGAACAAUUGUAUGAAAUAUUCACAGUUUUAAAAGAAUCGUCAUUGAAAUCGGAAUCAAGAUUGUUCUCAUUGCUUUGUGGAGAGUUAACAAAUGAUAAUAAAUACUUAUCGGUAUUUAAGAAUCAAAAAUGUAAAUCAAGAUUGAUUGUUGGUGAUGGUGAUUUCUCGUUCACGAUGGCUUUGAUCAACAAACACAAAUCAACACAUCCAUCGCUUGCCAACUCUCUUACUACCUCUGAUCUAUCGAUGGCGCCGUUACAGUCGGAAAAAAUUCAACAAAUGGAGAAUCCAAUCGUUCGUGCUUCAUUCCGUGCCAACUACCGUCUGAUUAGAAAACGUCGAUUCGACAACACCAGAUAUCCAGGCUACAUUCACUUGUUUACUGGUCUCUAUCUUGAGCAUCCACAAAUAUUGAAAUAUGAAUUCGUAUUUGAGAAGCUAGACAACAUCGUCAAGGGUAUCAAUAACUAUACACUCGAUCCGAAAGAGAUCAGUGAACAAGCUGCCAAACUUCAAGAUACCAACAAAAAGGAGUAUCAAGUCAUACAAGAAUCAACAGAGAUAACCUUAACAAGAACCAAACAACAUGUUUUAAAAUUCAACGAUAACUAUUUUGAAUGUAGUUCUGAUGAAGAUUCCUCUGAUUAUUUCGAAUCUGAUGGUGAUGACAAUGAUGAUGAUGAUGAUCAAUUUUUUAAUUAA